AUGGCGCACCUAAAGCCCAUUACAAGCCUUGGAUUGGUCAUGGAUCUUCUUAACACAGGAUCUCGGGAGGAUCGCCACUGUUUGGUCUCCACGAUCUCGCUCGUUCUGUGUGGCUGGGACGAGUCCAAGUGGGCUGCUUAUGCCUUUACAAAUUCGGACAUUGAUGAAGAUGAUGAAGAUGACGAAGAUGACGAAGAUGACGAAGAGGAAGCGGAAGGCGGAGAAGAGGAAGAAGCAAACGAUUCAUUAGAUGUUGUAGAAAUAGGAGGACUCGAUGAAGCCGAUGAUAGCUACGAUCUACACCACGGAUAUGAUCUCCUCGAGGAUCUAUUGGCUUCCGAUGGUAAAUAUGGGGUUUUCGCUCAGGAUACUCAUUUCUCGAAUCCUCGACUGUACUUUCUUCACAUCACGGACAGCCGCCUGCGCAUGAUUCGCAAAGAGUGGAUGUACCUCAUAAAUAAGGUGUAUGCUAGGGUCAGAACGCAGAACGACGGCCUCGUCCACCCUUUUUCAAGCACGUCUUUCAGCGAUAACUCAAGUCCAGCAGCCGAUUCUCUGGCUUGGUUGGUCAAAACCAUGGGAUUUUUGGAAGAACUGCGUCAGAGCUUUUUGCUCACCAUCGAUACGGGUAAACGAUUUCUUGCUCCUAAAGGCGACUGCGCUUGGUUCCUCGAUACUGAAGAACGAGAAACAUCUGGUGUGUCCUUAAAUAAGAUCGUAGGCUCUAUUCGGGACUCUAUGGAGUGCCUCAUGGAACUGGAAAAGAGAUUAGCGUCAUUAGAGGACUCCUGUCAAAGCUCGAAGGAGAUCAUCGAAUUGUGUCUGUCACAGGAAAGCGUUCGGCUUAGCCAUCUAAGUAUCCGACACAACCAAGAGAGCGCAUUACUAAGUUCUGCGGGUAAUGAUCUCAGUAGAGACGCCAAUAUACUGAGCAAAGAAGCAAAUGCGCUAAGUGCAGAGGCAAAUGCGUUCAGCAAAGAUGCAGGCACAUCUAGUAAAGAGGGGAAUGUGCUCAGCAAAGAGGCAAAUAUACUGAGCAAAGAAGCGAAUGCGCUAAGUGCAGAGGCAAAUGCGUUCAGCAAAGAUGCAGGAACAUCUAGUAAAGAGGGUAAUAUGCUCAGCAGAGAGGCAAAUAUACUGAGUAAAGAGGCGAAUGCAUUCAGCCAAGAUGCAAGCAUAUCCAGUAGGGAGGCAAACUUGCUCAGUCGAGCGUCUAAUUGGCUUAACGAACGGGCCAACAAGCUGAACAAGGACAAUUACGAACUUGCGGUGAUCAAUAAACGAGUUGCAGCUGCGAACAAUUUCAAUGCAGCUCUUAUGCUAUCGGUAUGUGGUGUUUCUUCAUUGUAUUGA